GCUCAACAGGUCUAGAGUUUUGUGUGAAUUAAAGCAUUUUAUAGUUUAUUUAUUGAAAAAUAUAACUAGCUGGCUGCGAAACAGCAACAAACGACCAGAAUGAACCGCUAUGCGGUUAGCUCACUGGUCGGUCAAGGCUCUUAUGGUUGUGUUUACAAGGCGCGCCGCCGCGAAGAUGACAAAGUGGUGGCGAUUAAAGUUAUUUCCAAGCGGGGACGCACAAACCGCGAGCUGAAGAAUCUGCGUCGCGAGUGUGACAUACAGUCGCGUUUGAAAAAUCCCCAUAUCAUUGAAAUGAUAGAGUCCUUCGAGUCCAAGUUCGACAUGUUUGUAGUCACAGAGUUUGCGUUGAUCGACUUGCAUCGUUAUCUGCUCUUAAAUGGCGCCUUGGAGGAAAAGGAUGCACGUCGUGUGGUCAGUCAUUUGGUCUCUGCGCUUUAUUAUUUACACUCGAAUCGCAUAUUACAUCGUGAUCUGAAGCCACAGAAUGUUCUCUUGGAUAAAAACAUGCAUGCGAAGCUCUGUGAUUUUGGACUAGCACGCAACAUGACUCUGGGCACACAUGUGCUAACCUCCAUUACGGGCACACCGCUUUAUAUGGCGCCGGAGCUGCUCGCCCAGCAGCCGUACGAUCAUUUGGCGGAUCUGUGGUCUCUCGGUUGUAUCGCGUAUGAAAGUGUCACAGCACAACCGCCCUUCUGCGCCCCAUCCAUAAUGCAUUUAGCGAAGGUCAUCAAGCACGAUGAAGUCAAGUGGCCCAGUACUCUGAGCAGCGAUUGCCGUUCGUUUUUACAAGGGUUGCUCGAGAAGGAUCCUGGCAUGAGGAUGUCCUGGGCCCAACUGCUGUGCCAUCCCUUCGUUGACGGUUUGCUGCAUCUGCCUGAGGUAAAGGAAGCCCAAAACUCGCCAUUUAUUAAUCCCCAGGCUGCCAAGGAAACAAAGAAGCCAAAGAAGCACAGCCACAACUCGGCUAGUCACAGUGUAUCGGAUUUAAAGGAUUCCUUAGCUGCGCUUAAGCUCAACGAGAGGGCGGCUGUUCAGCUGAAUGACAACCUAUCAACGUCCCGCGACAGCAUCAAUGCCAUACCACCUAGCGAUAUUGAGCAGCUCGAAACGGAUAUUGAGGACAAUCGUGUAGUAGUGCCCUUUGCAGAUGUGUCAUUCAAGGAGGUGCCUAAAAAGGCGUUCGUGGACAAUGCAAUUCCAUUAAUUAAUUCGCAGACCUGUUUUGUCAGCGGCAAUAACAAUAUGAUACUUAAUUAUCAAAACGACAAUAUUGCGCCUGCAGAGUUAAAAACAGGAGAAACAGGAGCAGCAGCUGCAGUUGCUGCAGGGGCACCAGCAAUAGUAGCAGCAACAGCAGAAGAAAGCCCCACAAAGUCCAAACACAAAACUGGGGCAUACUCAAAACACUCGCGUAACAAAGAUCUGGAAAAGCGCAAGCUCAGUCAAAAUCUGGAAAAUUUCUCAGUCCGCCUGGGUCAAAAUAUUGAUCCGGAAGUGCAGCGUAAGACAACCGAUAUGCUGACACAACAGAAGGAGCUUAAUAGAAAACCCAAAGAGCACGCAACUGCACUCGUAACCGCAGCGGCACCCGCACCUGCACCUGCACCGGCACCCGCACCUGCAACUGCUGCCGCGCCUACAACUGCUGCCGCACCACUGAAGCAAUCGAUGCACUCCACCGAUGAGAAGCAGAGUAACGAUAAUACGCCGCCCUGUUUGCUGCCUGGUUGGGACUCAUGCGAUGAAUCUCAAAGCCCGCCUAUUGAGAAUGACGAGUGGCUGGCAUUCUUACAUCGUUCCAUACAGGAAGUGAUCGAUGGCGAGUUUGAUUCACUUAAGCAGCACAAUCUGGUAAGCAUUAUUGUGGCGCCUUUGCGCAACUCCAAGGCCAUACCCAAGGUAUUAUUGAGUGUUGCUCAGCUGCUCUCACUUCCCUUUGUACUCGCUGAGCCGAAUACACUGGAUGCCAUCAAGAAAGUGUAUAUUGAUGUAAAGCUGGUACCGAAUCUGAUGUAUGCCUGCAAACUGCUUGUCUCGCAGCGUCAAAUGAACGAUUCGGCCGCCUCGCUUCCCGCAAGCCAGUCGUUCUCUCUGCCUACGCAACAUUCACAACAGCGUCCACUUCGGACAAUCGCUGAGCUGAACGCGGAGGAGGUGACCACAGCUUGUAGUCUCUAUGAACUGGUCUGCCAUCUGGCGCAUCAUCAACAGCAGUUUCUGGCACAAUUUUGCGAUGCUCUAGCCAUACUGGCUGUCAACGAAAUGUUUGUUAGCUUCUUGACGCAUGACUUAAGGCAGAGCGCCGCCGUUCGUCUGUCGAAUUCCGUGCUGGCUCUAUUCAGCUGUGUGCUGCGCGACCUGCCCGAGAAUGCCGAACUGGUGGAGCGCAUCAUAUUCCAAACCCGCGUGCGCUUCCCAUCGUUGCUUCAGAGUCAUCAUGAAUUGUUGCGCAUGCGUGCCUGUAUGCUGUUGCGUCUUUUGACGCGGUUCAGUCUGCGUGGUGUGCAAGGUAUCUGGUGUGCUGAGCUCAAGCACGCACUGGAGACAAUGGCCGCCGAGGAGACUGGAGAGGCAGAGGCGUUGCGUGCUGAAGCCUCGCAAACUCUCGAAGAGCUGAGUCAGUUCAGUUUCUUUGCGGGCUAAGAUCCCAGAAUAUGUGAAUUAUAGUUUUAAGUAAAAAAUGAAAUAACUUAGUUACCACUCGGAGAUGCGAUUCCUGGCAAAAUACUCUAACAUACUACUCUUAAAAAAGCAGCAUUUUAUUAUUUGACAAAAAUGAUUUUAUAAUACUCGAAAACUUCAAUACUUAAAAGAAUAAAUUUUCUACAAGAUGGCAAUGAAUUCCUGAAAAAAUACUACUCUGAACCCAAAGCAAAGAACAAUUUCGAACCGUUUUACACGAGUAAUUCCAUAAUGUUGGCCAAAUAUUAAAGAUAAACAGACAUGGGUAUUCGAUGCAUAAACAAUGUCCGCCUGUCUGUCCUUUUUCUCCGAGCUACACAAGCAAAUCGGCCCUUAAUUUGUUUAUUAUGCUUCCCUAUUUACUUCCACAGUUCUUUAAUCAGUUUUAUUAUCCACCCUAAAAAAAUCUAUUUCAAUCUGACGAUUCCUAGAGUGUUCUGGAUUCUUACAAUUUAUUAUUAUUCUAUUGUCUUUAGUUAUAUUGCUAUUUUCAUGCAACACAAUGCUUCUUGCUUUUAUUAUAAUUAAUAGGCUAACCCAUUUAGCUGUGGCAGGACAGACUGGUUCGAGAAUGACUUCUUUUUAUGAAAACCCAACUGCAGGGUGCAGGGUACUCCCAUAUCGGACAUUCCCGAUAAUAAAAGCUGAUGUAGAUUCUCUUCGAGAUAUUGAAGAAGUUUCGAUGCAAUGCAAUUCCCAUGCCAUUGUCAUUUAUUCCUAAAACUAUAUCGGUACUAUAUCUCGAAUGAAUUAAUGUACUCGUGUAAAAUUUCUGAAGUCAAUCAAAGCUGAUGUGUUCCCUCAAAGGUUUUCAGA